GGGGCGUCCUUAUGUUGUAGCAAAGGAGACAAACGUCAGGAGCGUGGAAGGACAUUGCAAGAAGCAAUAAUGUAUAGAUUUUUAUUCCGUACUGUGUACACGGCUCGAAAUUCUUCAGUCAGUGUCUAUGAGUCGUGUGUGUUGCCAGCUAAAUGUGACACGGCUGCAGCUCCAGUUUUCAGGGUUGCUAAUGGAGGUGGAGUCAAAGCCCUCAGCACAAGUUCAGUCAGGCUCUGUGAAAAAAACAACAACGUUGCUUCCUCUAAUCGUGAUGAAAAAACAAAUGCAGAUAAAGAAGCUGACUCAACAGAAACUCCAACUUUGGUUACACAGAAAGCUGAAGAUGACAGCAAAGUCAUCAAGAUGGCAGAACAAAGUGAGGAGCUAGUGGUGUUAAAGACAGAUGAUGGAAGUACUAUGCAGCAGCAAAUGGAUGUUAAAAGUGAACAUGUCAUGGCAAUGCCAAAACAAGUAAAGACUGAUGCAACUAAGAGUGGGAAAGAGAGCCUCCUUGACCUUCUUGGAGCCAUGAAGGUGGAAGUAACUAAUAAGAGGAAGCUCAAAAACUUGAAAGUGAAGCAAAGUUAUGAGUCUGCCCCCAAGUCAAAGCCAGCAGCUAUGGAGAGCACCAUCAGUAUGUUUAAAAAGGCUACCGUGGAGGCUUCAACACAGAGUGAGACACUGGAUCCUGAACUGGUUGCAGCUGCGUCUGCUGCUGCCUCCACUCUGCCUAACCACAGCCAGGCUGAGUCUGAGCUGCUCAGGCAGCUGAGGCAGCACGAGGCUGUCACUGAGGCUCAGAAGAAAGGGGACAUGAACAACCUUGGAGUAAUAAUCGCUGACAUGAGAGUAGGAAAGAAUACAAACCGACAGAGCGCUCGGCCGGCCAAUCAGAUCCGGUUUGAUGACGAUGGGCGAGGAUACACACAUGACAGAGGAAUCACUGCUGAGCUGGACAGUGUUCGGAGAAGGAUGAACUUGUUCUCAGGGAAAAGACUUAACAUCUUCUCCUCCACUACUGAUGAAGAUGGAGUUGAAUCAACAGUUGCACGGCCAACUCUUUGGGACAUGGACUUUGCUUAUCAGUUGUCUCUGUCGACCAACCAAAGGCCCCGAAAUGGUCUUGAGGAAAUGAUCCAGUGGACCAAAGAGGGAAAAAUGUGGCAGUACCCAAUCAACAAUGAAGCUGGCCUUGAGGAGGAGGCCAGUGUCUCAUUUCAUGAGCAUAUCUUCUUAGAGAAACACUUGGAGGAGGGUUUCCCCCGUCAGGGACCAGUGCGUCACUUCAUGGAGCUCGUGGUGGCUGGUCUGUCCAGAAACCCCUACCUGACAGUCCAACAGAAGAGGGAACACAUUUCCUGGUUCAGAGACUAUUUCCACCAAAAAGAGGAUGUCCUCAAGGAGGCUGAUGUUUACCUCAACUAAACUUAAGACAGUUCAAUGUGUUUUCAACUGUUGUUGAAUGUGGACACAUAAAAGUAAGACCCAUUUACUCAGCGAGGCUUUGCCACUAUGACCAUCUUUACCCAUACAGUUUACCAGGUUCCUGUAGAAACCUGGCUUGGAUUUCUUAACUCUUCCAGGAGGCCUGUUAGAGUGGACUCAAGUCUGUGUCCCAGUGUCAAACAUUGUACAGUAUCUACUGUCUAAAAUGUUGAUCAGACUAUAGAACCACUGUUUAAUUACUUAAACGUUGUCGCUCGAUGGAGGACAAAUGUGCAGAAAGAAAGUGAAAUGUUGUUUAUACAAGUGCUUGUACAAAGUAUACAAACAAUAUAAAGCAGCAAAAGUACA